ACUUUUGUGAAGAAGGAGUUGAAGAAGAUCCAGAAGAUUCUGAGCCAGAGGGAAGAUGAGGAGGAACUGGAGGAUGAAGAUGAAGAACAGAGGAGCAGCAGAGAGUCACUGAUGAAGAUAACAGAGAACUUCUUGAGGAGAAUGAAGCAGGAGGAGCUGGCUGAUCAACUGCAGAACAGAUUGUUUUCAGUUUGUCAACAUAAAGUCAAGUCUGGUCUGAAAAAGAAGUUCCAGUGUGUGUUUGAGGGAAUCGCUAAAGCAGGAAACCCAACCCUUCUGAAUGAGAUCUACACAGAGCUCUACAUCACAGAGGGAGGAACUGGAGAGCUGAAUGAAGAACAUGAGGUCAGACAGAUUGAAGCAGCAUCCAGGAAAGCAGACAGAGCAGAAACCAGCAUCAGACAAGAAGAGCUCUUUCAACUCCCAGCUGGUAGACAAGAACCAAUCAGAACCGUCAUGACAAAGGGAGUGGCUGGCAUCGGGAAAACAGUCUUAACACAGAAGUUCACUCUGGACUGGGCUGAAGGCAAAGCCAACCAGAACAUCCACUUCAUAUUUCCAUUCACUUUCAGAGAGCUGAAUGUGCUGAAAGAGGAGAAGUUCAGCUUGGUGGAACUUGUUCAUCACUUCUUCCCUGAAACCAAAGAAGCAGGAAUCUGCAGCUUUGAAGACUUCCAGAUCAUCUUCAUCUUUGAUGGUCUGGAUGAGUGUCGACUUCCUCUGGACUUCCACGAGACUCAGAUCCUAACUGACUCUAGAAAGUCCACCUCAGUGGGUGAUCUGCUGACAAACCUCAUCAGGGGGAACCUGCUUCCCUCUGCUCACCUUUGGAUAACCACACGACCUGCAGCAGCCAAUCAGAUCUCUGCUAAGUGUGUUGACCUGGUGACAGAGAUCAGAGGGUUCAAUGAUCCACAGAAGGAGGAGUACUUCAGGAAGAGAUUUCGAGAUGAAGAGCAGGCCAGAAGGAUCAUCUCCCACAUCAAGAGAUCCCGAAGCCUCCACAUCAUGUGCCACAUCCCAGUCUUCUGCUGGAUCACUGCUACAGUUCUGGAGGAUCUGCUGAAGAGCAGAGAGGGAGGAGAGCUGCCCAAGAGCCUGACUGAGAUGUACAUCCACUUCCUGGUGGUUCAGGCCAAAGUCAAGAAGGUCAAGUAUGAUGGAGGAGCUGAGACAGAUCCUCACUGGAGUCCAGAGAGCAGGAAGAUGAUAGAGUCUCUGGGAAAACUGGCUUUUGAGCAGCUGCAGAAAGGAAACCUGAUCUUCUAUGAAUCCGACCUGACAGAGUGUGGCAUCGAUAUCAGAGCAGCCUCAGUGUACUCAGGAGUGUUCACACAGAUCUUUAGAGAGGAGAGAGGACUGUACCAGGACAAGGUGUUCUGCUUCAUCCAUCUGAGUGUUCAGGAGUUUCUGGCUGCUCUUCAUGUCCAUCUGACCUUCAUCAACUCUGGAGUCAAACUCAUGGAGGAAGAACAAAAGACGACAGUCCAGUUCUACCAGAGUGCUGUGAACAAGGCCUUACAGAGUCCAAAUGGACACCUGGACUUGUUCCUCCGCUUCCUCCUGGGUCUUUCUCUGCAGACCAAUCAGAGUCUCCUACAAGGUCUGCUGACACAGAUGGCAAGUAGCUCACAGACAAACCAGGAAACAGUCCAGUACAUCAAGAAGAAGAUCAGUGAGAAUCUGUCUGCAGAGAAAAGCAUCAACCUGUUCCACUGUCUGAAUGAACUGAAUGAUGGUUCUCUAGUGGAGGAGAUCCAAAAGUCCCUGAGUUCAGGACGUCUCUCCACAGAUGAACUGUCUCCUGCUCAGUGGUCAGCUCUGGUCUUCAUCUUACUGUCAUCAGAAGAAGAUCUGGAAGUUUUUGACCUGAAGAAAUACUCUGCUUCAGAGGAGGCUCUUCUGAGGCUGCUGCCAGUGAUCAAAGCCUCCAACAAAGCUAUACUAAAUGGCUGUAAUCUGUCAGAGAGAAGUUGUGCAGCUCUGUCUGCAGUUCUGAGCUCUCAGUCCUCCAGUCUCAGAGAUCUGGACCUGAGUAACAACAACCUGCAGGAUUCAGGAGUGAAGCUUUUGUCAGCUGGACUGGAGAGUCCACACUGUAAACUGGAAACUCUCAGGUUAGAAUAUUGUAGUUUGUCAGUGAUCAGCUGUGAAGCUUUGGGAUCAGCUCUGAAGUCCAACCCAUCCAGUCUGACAGAACUGGACUUGAGCUUUAACAAGCUGCAGGAUUCAGGAGUUCUUCAUCUGUGUGGGUUUCUGGAGAGUCCAGACUGCAGACUGCAGACUCUAAGGUUGAAGAACUGCAGCUUGUCAGAAAUUAGCUGUGAAGCUCUGGUUUCAGCUCUGAAGUUCAACCCGUCCAAUCUGACAGAACUGGACCUGAGCGGAAAUAACAACCUGCAGGAUUCAGGGCUUCUACAUCUGUGUGGUUUUCUGAAGAGUCCAGACUGCAAACUGCAG